GUGCCGCUGACCCUCCGGUUCCUGCGUGCGGUGCCACGUUAGUAGCGGCAGACACAAACCAGCAGCUCCGCUCCCCGACGCCCUCGAAGCAGACUCCGAGUCCUCCGCCGCUCCCCGCCCCGACACCGACACCGAGUCCCGCCGCUGCAGCUCCUCUUCUCCCGCCUGGAAGACGCUCACCGCCGCCGCUAUGCUGAAGUUUCUGCUCGUGUGCGCGCUGGCCGCGGCCAGCCGGGCUGAGAUCGCCGAGGAGGAGGACGUGCUGGUGCUGAAGAAGAGUAACUUCGAGGAGGCUCUGACGGCUCACCCCAACAUCCUGGUGGAGUUCUACGCCCCGUGGUGCGGCCACUGCAAAGCCCUGGCUCCAGAAUACGCCAAAGCGGCCGGCAUGCUGAAGGCGGAAGGCUCGGCCAUCCGUCUGGGUAAAGUGGACGCCACCGAGGAGACGGAGCUGGCCCAGGAGUUCGGCGUGCGAGGGUACCCCACCAUCAAGUUCUUCAAGGGCGGAGACAAGGAGUCUCCCAAGGAGUACUCAGCGGGCAGACAGGCCGAGGACAUCGUCACCUGGUUGAAGAAGCGCACCGGUCCCGCCGUCAUCACCCUGACCGAGGUCUCCGCCGCCGAGUCUCUGAUCGCAGACAACGAGGUUGCAAUCAUCGGCUUCUUCAAGGAUGCGGACUCAGAGGGCGCUAAAGCCUACCAGAAGGCAGCCGAAGCCGUGGACGACAUUCCCUUCGCCAUGACCUCCAGCGACGCCGUCUACUCCAAGUUCGAGGUGUCCAAGGACAGCGUGGUGCUCUUCAAGAAGUUCGACGAGGGCCGCAAUACCUUCGACGGCGAGCUGACCAAGGAGAAGCUCCUGGCUUUCGUCACGGCCAACCAGCUGCCUCUGGUCAUCGAGUUCACCGAGCAGACCGCCCCCAAGAUCUUCGGCGGCGAGAUCAAGUCCCACAUCCUCAUGUUCCUGCCCAAAACCGCCGCAGACUUCCAGGACAAGAUGGGCGAGUUCAAGAAGGCCGCCGAGGGAUUCAAGGGAAGAAUCCUCUUCAUCUUCAUCGACAGCGACAUCGACGACAACCAGCGCAUCCUGGAGUUCUUCGGCCUGAAGAAGGAGGAGUGUCCGGCCAUCCGGCUCAUCACGCUGGAGGACGAGAUGACCAAGUACAAGCCCGACUCGGACGACAUGAGCGCCGCCAGCAUCACCGCCUUCUGCACGGCCUUCGUGGACGGGAAGCUGAAGCCUCACCUCAUGAGCCAGGACAUCCCCGAGGACUGGAACAAGAACCCCGUCAAGGUUCUGGUGGGCAAGAACUUCGAGGAGGUGGCCUUCGAUCCCAAGAAGAACGUCUUCGUUGAAUUCUAUGCUCCGUGGUGCGGACACUGCAAGCAGCUGACGCCCAUCUGGGAGAAGCUGGGAGAGAAAUACAAGGACAGCGCCGACACCAUCGUGGCCAAGAUGGACUCCACGGCCAACGAGAUCGAGGCGGUCAAAGUGCACAGCUUCCCCACGCUGAAGUUCUUCCCCGCCGGAGACGACCGCAAGGUGAUCGACUACAACGGAGAGCGGACGCUGGAAGGGUUUACCAAGUUCCUGGAGAGCGGCGGACAAGACGGCGGCGCUCCAGCAGAGGACGAGGACGUCCUGGAAGAGGAUCUGGACGAUGAGGACGGGGACUCGGAUGGAGAGGACAGCGGUCCAGAGCACGACGAGUUCUGAGGAGAGAGGAGCGGAGUCCCCCCUGCCCCCCCCCCUCCCGUCACCGUCACCUCCUCCUGCUCCUCCUCCCGUCCUGUGAACAUUAACACGGCCCUGACCUCCUGUGGGUCCAUCAGUGCUGUGGCGGAGGCAUUCUUUAUUUUUUUAUUGUUUUGAGCGAGCCACACCUCCAGACUGGGGGGGCGGAGCUGUGAAGGAGCAGCGCCUCCUCCUCGGAGACCUCGAUGCCUCGUCUGCAGAGCUCCACAUCGACUGUCUGCCUUCUGUUUCAAACCAAAUGCAAAAAUGGCAUCAAGAAAUGAUCGUUAACCCCCCCCCACCCCCCCACCCCUCCACCCCUGUCUGAAGGAGCCUGGUGUGGGGCGGGGGCGGGGCAGGGCCGCCGCCAGGGUUCCCCUCCCGCCUGACUCCAGAGGACCAGAGCGAGCUGUGGUGGUUUUGUAUGAACUGAUCUCUCAGGGGACGAGGGGCCUUCCUUCUUUCCAUCCUUCCUUCUUUCCAUCCUUCCUUCUUUCCUUCCUUCCUUUUCUAAGCUCCUCACUCACCCCCUCCACCCCCUCCACCCUCUCAUCCCCCCUGUCUGUGGGGCUGCAGUUUAUUUCCUCCAAAAGUUUCUGCUUCUGGUUUUCAGCUCAGCUACUGACUAUUUUCUAAACGGAACAGAGGUUAAUCCUUAUUUUAUUUAAUUGCUUUCACUUUGAAGUUUUUGUCUUUGUUUUUUUUAAAUUUGGGACUCGUCCUGGUUUUGACCGCUGUCCGGCCGCGGCUCCCCGACUCUCUCAGACCGGCCGUGGCGUUUCCUUUCUUUGGCUGUGUCUCUGAUGGGCUGCACUGCAUUCAGGCCUACUCGGAUUCACUGUGGUUACUAAAGCGGACAGAUUGAGUUUACUGGUCAGGUCGGUCUGAGAGACGAAGGCAGGGAGCAG